AUUAUCUAAUGAUCAUAAAAUCGAUGAUAAUGAUCAUAAAAUCGAUGAUAAGGAUCAUCAAAAUGUAAACCCAGUUGUUAUCCCUAAGAUACUAAAUUCUGAAGAAUUGGUUAAAAAAGUCGAGGAACAACUUCGUAAAAAAGAAUAUUUGAUGUCUCCACCACCUCCACCAAGGUAUAUAAAUCAACAUGAGAAUCAAAUAUCUGAGCUAAUUCCAAUACAAAGAUCUAAAAGUAAUGCCAGCAACGUUUCUUCUUUGUUUUCUACCCUUCCUGAAAGAAGGUCUAUUAGGUCUGAUGACUUAAAUGACAAAAUGUUGGAAUCUUCUACUUCCGUUGAACCUUUUCCAACUCAUUUAACAUCACAGCGUAAAGAUAGGUUGACCUAUUCAACUACAGUUUUCGUUCAGCCACCUACAAUAUUAAUGUCUCCUGAUGAAGUAAUUGAUGAUUUUGAAAAUUCACAAAUGGAAAAACAGGUGGAAUCUACGGAAAAAAGAAGUGCUGAUAAUAGCAAUUCAGGAACUCCAUUAUCACCUUUAAGUCCAUCAAUAUACAAAUUUGGUUCUGGGCUUUUAAGUUUAUUUAAUAAAGGAUUUCAUCGUGACGCAAAUUCAUCAGCAUCAGGUGCAAGUUCUCCUACAAAUUAUCCUCUUUCACCACGUUCACCUCUAUCACCUAAUUCUCCAUUAUCACCAGUUUCUCCGCGGCAACUUUCCGUUUCACAAGAUCCCUUUAAAAAUUCUGGGGAAACAUUACAUCCAGCUUCACAAUCAUCACGCCCUGGAUUCUCGAGACAUUCAUCAACCAAUGAUCCAUCUCCUCAAUUAUCGCGUCCUGGUUUUUCUAAGCGAUCCACUGAUCCUAUACCUAAAAAAGCACCACU